AUGGAGGCCUUCCUGGCAUGGAUUACAGGCUACGAAGCGGCGCAGCAGAAGAAGCGAGACGAACAAGCGGCGAGAUUGAGAGCCAUCUGUGCGAAGUACAGAGAGAUGUCGGCGAAAGAAACGGAAUGCUUCGCUAGGUCUAAUGAGCGACUGGCCCGGAACAUAGAGCAGGGGAACGGAGCAACCAGGGAAGCCGCGGAAGCGAUUGUGGCUCUCGAGGAAAUCUUAGCCGGGAUGGACAAGAGGAACAAGAGAUAUGAAGCGCUGGAGAAGGAAUACGGUUGGCAAGCCGAUGACGGGCAGGCUGCGUUGUUCUAG